UCACUAGUUGUUGGACAAAAUUGGGAUAUUACUCGCAUUUUCAAUUGACGCGAACGGAUCCGAAAAGAAAAGCAAGGUGGAAGCAAGCAACAUCGUCAUCCUCAUGGUUUUGGUAAUGUGAUGACGGGUUGGUGAUCCACUUGUGUUCGAUCGCAGCAAAACAGAGCAGAAGCAAUGGCAAGGCGAUCCUACAAGAUCGACUUGGGCUGCAUAGCCUGCGACGAGCUCACCGAAAUCGGCGCCGGCAAGUCAGGCUGGCUCGUUGACAACCCAAACCUUCUCUGCGCCAUCGACACUCGCUCUUCUCUUCUCCUCAUCCUCUCCUGGUCCGACUCCAACGCAUCUCGCGUCAUGGUCCGACCCGAAUUGUCUCCUAUCGAGGCCGAAUUCAUCUCUGCAAUUGAGUGGUUCGUCUUGGAUGACGUCAGCGUCGUUGUCGCCGGCACCUCCUGCGGUUACCUGCUUGUUUUCUCGCUCCGUGGGGAACUCAUUCAUAGACAGAUGAUUUAUCCUGGACGAGUUUUAAAGUUAAGAGUUCGGGGAACAAAGAAAGACUUAAUUCAAGAUACUUCAUCAGAAGAAUUUUGUGUCAUUAUGCCAGGCGUAGUUGCCCGCUUUGAUGGCUCCGAUAUUCAGAAUAUGCUUCAUAAAUGGUUUGAAGAAGAAUAUUCUCAAAUCUGGGUUCAAAAGCCAAAGAGCCAAGAUUCAGAGGAUUUUGAAAAUCAAUAUGUAAAAUUACCUUACCAGUUAUGGAAUAUUGGCAAGUAUGGUACUUGUGCUGACGCGGCACUCACAGGCAUAAUGCCUCCACCACUAUUGGAAAACCAGUCCAGUCAACGUUAUUAUUGUGCAGUGGCUGUUGGAGAGGAUGCUGUGAUCUCAGCAUACAGACUCUCUGAGGACAAAGGCAGGUCUUUAGUGGGAGAACUCUUGUCUAAAGUUGUACCCGCAGCAUUUUCCACAGUAGCAUCUUUUUCGAAGUUGAUUUGGCGGAGUGAACAGACGUCUCCCAAGAAAUCUCCAAAGAAAUCAGAGGAGAAGCCACAGCCCUUUGCUCGAGCUUCACCUUUGACUUGUUUUAAGGAUCACCCUAGGAAGGGUGAGAAGCUUACCUUAUCCCCAAGUGGUACAUUGGCUGCUAUAACAGAUUCACUUGGUCGCAUAUUGCUGCUUGAUACUCAAGCGCUUGUGGUUGUGCGCUUGUGGAAGGGAUAUAGGGACGCCAGCUGUCUAUUCAUGGAGAUGUUGGUUAACAAAGACACCACAUCGUCAAGCUCUAAUCACUAUGAACCUGUGAAGAGUGAUUACUGUUUGUGUUUGGCUAUUCAUGCACCUAGAAAAGGAAUCAUUGAGAUCUGGCAAAUGAGAACUGGACCUCGCCUUAGAACAAUUCCUUGUGCGAAAGGUAGCAAAAUGUUGCAACCGACCUACAGGGUUGGUGCUUCAACGUCUUCCGCUCCAUAUGUGCCACUUGAAGUUUUCUUCUUAAAUGGGGACUCGGGUGUGAUUUCAGUCUUAAGUCGAACCUUGGAUUCUUGAAAGGUUUUAAGUUAAUUUUAUUAUUCUCUCACCUUCUAUACUAAACUAUAAUACAUGCAUUGUUAAAAUUUCAAUUUAGUCAAUGGUGAUUGUUGUUUUAUCUUUGUAUUCA